AUGCCACAUGCGACUCGCCUCCAACCGGGGGAGCACCACGAGAUGCGGGACGCAGGACGGUGUUGUGAGUGCGCAUGCGCGUCAGUCUUGGAGACCCUGCUAGAGUACAAGUCUUGCAUCCCGGAUCUCAUUAAAAUGGAGGACCACCAAGCGGUUCGUUUGAAUCCGGAUGAAGAGCGCGUUCUCCACGAAUUCCUUGUCUACCAUGCCGAGGCCGAACGGCUCAAGAAAGGUCCUCUAAACCUGCCGACUGUGCGCGAGGUUUUUGUGCAGACAUUGACAGCACUCCUGAGAACUAUUCUGUUUCGCAGAAUCCACGAACGAGCCUUGCGAGCGUGCAACCUAACCAAGCAAUACAUGCGAGCCAACGGCACCCCACCCCGAUUGCUCCCCGGUCUUGCUGACCCUCUAGCCAGUCGAUUUGGUGCCCGUUUCGACGUCUGGUCCAACAGUUAG